GUUAGUGUGUUAUGUGUUUAGUUUUGUAUUUUUAAAAUUUUUUAAAACUAUGACCGUGGCUUUUAAUACUAAUUUAAAGUAAUAAAAAAAUGUUUUAAAUAAAUCUAAGUUACACAAGCAUGGAGAGGUUUCCUUUGAAGUCGUCAGUAACAAAAACAGGAAUGACUUAUCAAUCAGUUUACAAAAAGGGCGCAAACACUGCGAAUGGGCGUGGUGCUCAUAGCGGUGAGGAUGAAAUGGUAGAUAUCACGCCGGGCCUCCAGCAAGCGGCGGACGGCGUCACCACACCCACAAGCCACGGAACCUUCCAGAUCUACGAACAAGGAAGCCGAAAUUCCGCGAGCAGCACUCAUUCAUACAUUGCUCAGUUUUUCGGAUCGUCGACAGGGGACACAAUUAUGUUCUCAGGAAUGCAAGGUGAUGAUGAUAUUCCUGGAAUUGGACAAUAUGAAGAUUUCCAUACUAUUGAUUGGCAAAGAGAUAUUGCGAGAGAUCGCAUGCGACAUAGAUAUAUUGUGAAGAAGAGGCAGGACUCAAUAUGGGAUUUAAUCAAAGGUGCCCAUGAUGCCUGGUCUGGAUGGGUUUGUGUAUUGCUUGUGGGAGUAGCAACUGGGAUAGUGGCAGGAGUAAUUGACAUUGGUGCCUCAUGGAUGACAGAUCUCAAAUUUGGAAUUUGUCCAGCUGCAUUUUGGUUUAAUCGAGAACAAUGCUGCUGGUCAGACACAAAUACUACAUUCGACAGUGGGAAUUGCUCACAGUGGCUCACCUGGCCUCAAGUUUUUGGCGACCGAGGUGAUGGUGCUGGAGCUUACAUCAUCAGUUAUCUCUUUUAUAUAUUAUGGGCUUUGAUAUUCGCUGCACUUUCAGCGUCGCUCGUAAGAAUGUUCGCGCCCUAUGCAUGUGGCUCUGGUAUCCCCGAAAUUAAGACCAUACUAAGUGGUUUCAUUAUCCGAGGCUACCUCGGCAAGUGGACCCUUAUCAUCAAAGUGGUAGGACUCAUACUGUCUGUGUCAUCGGGACUGUCUUUGGGGAAGGAAGGACCUAUGGUGCACAUUGCCAGCUGCCUUGGUAACAUUCUAUCAUACCUGUUUCCGAAAUACGGUCGCAACGAGGCCAAGAAGCGCGAGAUCCUGUCCGCCGCCGCCGCCGCCGGAGUGUCCGUCGCAUUCGGAGCUCCCAUCGGUGGAGUACUCUUCAGUCUGGAAGAGGUAUCGUACUAUUUCCCGCUGAAGACCCUUUGGCGUUCGUUCUUCUGCGCUUUGAUUGCCGCCUUCAUACUGCGCUCAAUCAAUCCGUUCGGCAACGAGCACUCCGUGUUGUUCUUCGUCGAGUACAACAAGCCCUGGAUCUUCUUCGAACUCAUUCCGUUUGUUGGCCUCGGUAUUAUCGGGGGUUGCAUCGCUACGAUCUUCAUAAAAGCGAAUAUCUAUUGGUGUCGUUACCGGAAGUACUCGAAGCUGGGACAGUAUCCGGUGACUGAAGUGCUGGUCGUGACGCUGAUCACCGCCAUCCUUGCCUACCCGAACCCAUACACGCGCAUGAACACCAGCGAACUCAUAUACCUGCUUUUUAACCAGUGCGGGAUCUCUAACUCGGAUCCUUUGUGUGACUACAAUCGUAACUUCACCGAUGCGAAUUCGGCGAUAGAGAAGGCGGCAGCCGGUGCUGGGGUGUACCGCGCUAUCUGGCUGCUGGUACUCGCUCUGGUCUUCAAGCUGGUCGUCACCAUCUUCACGUUCGGUAUCAAGGUGCCGUGUGGACUGUUCAUACCCAGCCUCGCGCUCGGAGCCAUUGCUGGCAGGAUUGUGGGCAUCGGUGUCGAACAAAUGGCAUAUACCUAUCCGAAGAUCUGGCUUUUCUCCGGUGAAUGUUCAACCGGCGAUGACUGUAUAACUCCUGGACUAUACGCGAUGGUUGGAGCGGCGGCUGUACUCGGUGGAGUCACGCGGAUGACCGUUUCGCUCGUUGUUAUAAUGUUCGAGUUGACCGGCGGGGUUCGUUACAUCGUGCCCCUAAUGGCGGCCGCCAUGGCCUCCAAGUGGGUGGGAGACGCUUUGGGUAGACAAGGCAUAUAUGACGCACACAUCGCUCUGAACGGAUAUCCGUUUCUCGAUAGCAAAGAUGAAUUCCAGCACACAUCUCUCGCCGCCGACGUCAUGCAACCUAAACGGAAUGAAACUUUAUCUGUAAUAACUCAAGAUUCGAUGACCGUUGAUGAUGUGGAGACCCUGCUUAAGGAGACCGAACACAAUGGGUAUCCUGUUGUUGUGUCUAAGGAAUCUCAGUACCUUGUUGGAUUUGUGCUCCGACGGGAUUUGAAUCUUGCUAUUGCAAACGCACGCCGCACCAUCGAAGGCAUCACUGGUCAAUCUGUUGUGAUCUUUGCCGGUAACGUUGCUCCUCCGCCGGGCCCGCCACCGUACCUCCAGCUCAGCCGCAUCCUCGACAUGGCUCCCAUCACUGUCACCGAUCAGACUCCCAUGGAAACGGUUGUUGACAUGUUCAGAAAAUUGGGACUCCGCCAGACUCUGGUCACACAUAACGGGCGGCUGCUCGGUGUCAUCACUAAGAAGGACGUGCUCCGUCACGUGAAACAUAUGGACAACGAGGACCCGAGCUCAGUAAUGUUUAACUGAGUGUCGUGGGCAGAGUCUGUGCCGUCGCCGUGCUGGCCCCCGGCGACCCAAUGGUAACGGACGCGAUCCACAAAUUGCCUCAAUGAUGGACACUACUUAAAUGUAUUACUCAGUGUAUCCUCUGUGGUGUUAGUCUUAAGUUGUAUUUGUAUAUUUUUUUUUUAACAUUUAUUUGUUGACGAGCAUCACUAAGCAAGGCCUCUACGAAUAUAUCGUUAUGAAAUUUAUCAGGGUAAAAAACUGAAACCCGAACGUUUUAUGGAUAUUAAAAAAUAAAGUAAAAGAUUGUUAAAAGUAACAAGAAUAUUGAAAAGAAAAAAAUGCUCUAAUGUAAAUAAUAAACGUUUGCGAAUGUUUUAAGCUCAGCAUGUCGAUACGUUUUUACACACAAUUUUUUCAAAAACUUAUGCUUAAAUAUAAAAUUUGUGCUCUUUCUUCAUUGAUUUGAUUAUUCAAACUGAAUACUUGACCCAAAAUCUAUUUAUAAUGCAUUUUAUAAGAAAUAGUAGAUUUUGAACAAUGAAAUAGUACGAAAUAAAUUUGACAUUAAUAAAAUUGAAAUUAAUAUUGUAAUAGUAUUACAUAUAAAAAUUUCAUUCAAGAUGAUUAAUCAAAUACAACAUAACCCACAAUGAAUAUUUUGAGGAAUAAAUUACGUUAAAAUGCUAUUUUUACUACGAUUUUAUAAUCUUAUAUUUAUUUUCUAACGAUUGAGUAUUAUAUUGAUUGAUUAUUUUUUAAAUCACAAAUAAUGGUCAAGUUAGUUAUAACAACGCGCAUACAUAAAUUUUUAACAUUUGAUGUGGUAAACAAAUAGAGUUGCUUCAUUUACAAUUAAAAUAUAGUUGGCAGCUUCUCUACUAAUUUAUUAUGAAAACUAGUAGGUUUAUUUUCAUAAGAAGCCCAGAUUUUUAUUUUACCUUGCUGAUAUAAUAAUUCUAGGUAUGACAGCUAUUUGAUUGACAAUUUGAUGCAGUUUUUGGUAGAUCUGGAGGACCAUAUUAAAUGGUCUUAGUCAUAAGUAUGGCAUUUUCGCAAUACUUAUGUACUUUUUUAAUUCUCAAACUGUUAAUAAUCUGAAAUUAUUACACAAUUAAUCCCCCCUCCCAAAAAAAUCACUAUAUUAGCAUAAUAAAGCAACCCAACAUCACUUUUUAUGUUCUUGUCGUAGAUCUAGUAUUACUGCUCUAAAGUGUCACCGCUACUGCUGCUGUCUGGCUACAAUUACUACUUCUAUAUCUUAAAUUUAUUGUGAAGUGGAUUUGCUUUUUUACUCUGUAUAUAGAUAAUUAUCAAAUUAAAUGGAUUAUGUUAUAGUUUUAUAAGUGUAAUUAUAAUCAGUUUAUGAAUGGAUUCAAAAUAAGCGAUGUGAGGUGUUGAUUUUAUUAAAGUUAAAUAUUACAAAUAUUAUUAAUAUCAUUUAUAUAAUGUACAAUAUGCUGAAAAGUGAAGUAAUUGAAUAAAUUUACUGUGUCAGUAGGUAGAAUAAUUAAUACUGGGAUAGCUUUAGAUACAAAAGGACAUAUUACACUUUCAUUAGUGUCUUCAAUCAAUUAAAAUUUAAAUUCUUUACAUCGGUUGUGUGACUAUUGAUAAGUGAUCAAUGUAAAUAGUUAUGCACCGCUCAUCAGCUUGUAAAUACUAACUGACAAGUAAUAUUGGCAAACAUGAUAUAAUAACUGCUGUUAUUUGCAAGUAUUACCUCUUUGUGUAGUUAUUGUUUGUAUUAAAACAUUUUUAAAUGUUUAACAAAAUCAGUAUGCUUCAAACCUCAUUUGUUGACUUAUUUGUGUACGAGCACUGUAAGUAUAUAGCUAUAAGAAAACGAUAAGAAUUUUAUUUUUAUUUCAUAAUUUAAUCUCUUAAAUAAAUGUAUAAGUAAAUUAAAUGUUGAAUGUAUAUUUUUGAGUAUUCUCUUUUUAUUGUUAAGACUAAUUCUUUUUGUAUAUAAUAUCCAUGUGUGAAUCUAUAAAUCAUCAAAGUAUAUUUUUUGUAUCAUGUUAUAUGUGAACGAUGCAUAAUAAUUUGGAAUUUAUCUCAUUUUCUCUAGGCUUAGUGACAAAAAUAAUGUAUUGAAUUUAUUUCAUCGUCAUAAUGUGAAACAUCACACGCAUCUUCACAAAACUACGAAUAACGUAGGUCCCUUUGUUUUUUGUAUAAAUGGAUAUUAUUUUCUCGAUAAAUUUGUUUGUAUACGCAAUGGAAUUAUAAGCAAUUGUGGGUAUUAUUAUUACAUUCUGAUAUUUGUUACGUCUGAUUUCGAUCAUCCCUUAGGCGGAUAUUUUUAUUGUUUUGUUGAUUGUUACUAUUUACAAUAAUUUAUAUAUAUAUUUCCUUAGACAUCUUAUUUCUAACACUAAUAGUGCCAACCUACUAUUUCACUUCUCUCUUAUUUAAUAACUUAAAUUAAUACCUAAACCUGCAAUAGUCACUGGUGCACGUUAUCUCCAUAUUCAAUAAUAAUUUUUAAAACAAUAAUUAAGCAGUUUGUGAAGCAUAUUAUUAUUAACAUAAGACGCGUUUAGUUACAUUGAUACAUGAUAUAAUUAGUGUAUAAACUAAAUUAAUAAAACAAAUAAAAUAAAAGACCUCUGUGCUUAGUGCUAGUUUUUUAACGUUCUCGAUAACGUAAAAGUUAACUCAAAGUAGUAUUGAGUGGGAACGUUUACAAAUUUGAGUUAACUUUUACGCUAUCGAGAACGUUAAAAAACUCGCACCAAGCAUACUGGUAAAGUUAGUAUAUAGUAGUAAUUCUAAGACGUAAUGUGACUGAAAAUUAAACAAAUGUAAUAAUAAUUUAACUGUAUUUUCUGUGUGAAAUAAUUUUAAAGAUAUAAACGUUUUUGAGGUGGCAGUGGGUAGCACACAUUGCUCAUAAAACAGAUGACUGAUGGAAACAAAAAGUGAUUGAAUUGAGACCGCGCACCGGAAGGAAGGCGUUGUACUUGAUUGAGGCUCGUGCUACACCUGGGGGAGCCCUGUGUCCCGCAGCUGACCUCUUGAAGUUAUAAUAACCACUUACUUAUGAUAGAAUUUUAAAUUAAUUUAAUAUGGCCUACAACGUAAAACUUAAACGUAUAAUUUUCAGGCAUAUUAUUUUUAAAUUAUAUUGUAUAUUACGGAACAAUGUGGGUAUUUAUUGAAAAAUUUUAAUAGUAAAAAAAUUUAUUGAAAUUAUUUUAAUUGCAUAUAAAUUUUAUUGAAGUCUAUUUGCGAGCUGUGAACUGUAUUAUAGAAGCGUUUUGCAUUCAAAAUUAUUAUUAUCAUUUGGUGUAAUGCAAAACGGAUCUUGCAUUCAAAAUUAUUAUUAUCAUUUGGUGUAAUGCAAAACGGAUCUUGCAUCUCAAGGCGGAUGACAGCGUUCACAUUGUUCUAGCAUUUCAAUAAAUAAAGUGUGUAGCUAAUUCCAAUUACAUAUACAUACACUUCAAAAUCUACAAUUAGAACAUUUUAAGCAUUAAACCUGUUAUCAAUAAAAAGGUAGCUACAACAGUUCCGGUAGUCAAGUUUGAAGUUGACUGCUUAAACACUAACCAUUUUUCAUAACAUAUUAUUAAAAAAGUAUUAAAAUUUGCUUAAAAUUUAAAGAAUAAAAUUCAUAUAUCUAAUAUUUAAUCUUUGAAUCCCCAUUUUGAUUAGUCAUAUCAAUCGUAAAAUGGUUACUGACGAACUUGCAAUGUUUGUUAUUAAACAUUUAAAUCUUUAAAAUAAUGUAUGCAAAUAAUUAUUACUACUACUAACUGAUCCCGUGAACGGUAUAUUGCAAGAUUUCGACUCGAAUCUAACGGUUUUAAGUAACAUUUUUCAAAUGCUGUUUGUGCAUAGGUAAUGUGACAGCUUCUUGUCGGCAGGUUACGAAACGCUUUAGGGAGGAAUUUACAUUUAAAAUUUGUUUUAUGUGUAUUGUUAAUUAAACUGAUAGUUGUCAGUUAUCAGUAUCAGUAUAUCGACCGGUUGUCCGGAUGUUUUUUUUAUUUUAUCUAUGUGCAGCUGUGAUAAAGGGGGCGUUGUCUGGCAACCCAACGAUCACUGGUUGCAUAAAUUGAAACGUUUCUGCAACCUAACAUCUGAGUAGAUGGGCAGCGCUGCUGAUACUGCUAUGCUGCACUCCAGACUCUUCGGUGGAUAUGGUGACAUUAAAUAAGCACCCUCCAUCGUGUUCAGUUUACUUGUUAAUAUUAAAUGUGUUUUAAAUUAUUUUACUAUUUUUUAAUAAUUGUACAUCACUUUAUUAUAUUAAUAUUAAUUGUCACUAUUAUACACAUAU